CUCAUAAUACUUGGGACCUGGAGGACGAGGAAGCGUAGGAAAACAUUUUUUUGUAGAACAAGGAACAUUUCAUUCGCAAUAAGAAGAUUGUUACUAUUUUUAUGCAUGCUAUGCUCACGAGAAAGAGUUUGGUACUUGAAUAGAUGCCUAGCACCACAAGAAAAAGAAGAGUUCAAAAGGAGAGGCAGAGGAACUAUAUUACUACUUAUAUUAUGGUUGCAACAGGGACGGGUUUUCUGAAACUAGUGAAGCAAAUGUGGAGAAACAACCUGAUGACAAAGUUGUGGAGGAAAGGCAUCCUAAAAGAAGGAGCCCUGAAGUUAGGGUUGGAUGCAAUGCGAUUGUUCGUUUUCGAUGGGAUGCCCAUAGGGAGGGAUUGUGGUGUCAAAAUUCAAAGCAGCAACAAUCAUGGUUUGCACUCCAAUAAGCAUAGGCAUCUAAUCAAGUCCAACAGGUGUGUGAACAAAGCUCAAGAGCUGAUGGCCAACGCAAAUCGGGAUGCAGGUAUCAGUCUCAAGUCUUUGCAUCAUAUAUUGGCCAUGUAUGCUGUAUAAGAUCGGAUAAGAAGAACCACUUAAACAAGAAAAUGCAAAAAAAGAUGUAUCAUGGAGAAGCUACAUAUUUGCUUGAGUACUUUCAGGAGCAAAUGACCAAGUAUCUCAGAUUCUUCUGUGUAAUUGAGGUACAUUGCAAGGAGCAAGUUGCCAAUAUAUUUCGGGCAGAUAAGAGGAUGUGAGAAGAUUACGAAUUUUUUGGCAACUCAAUCUCAUUUGACACGACAUACUGAACCAACUAAGCUUUUUGUCCAUUGGGUAUGUGAAUCACAUUUUUUCGUGCCUUAUGUACUUGGCGCAUACCCAUGAAUGCGAAUAAACAUUUUGGUAAGCACAGGGUCAUUUGAGUUAUGUUUUCUACAUGGUCGACAAUGAGCCCGAGUUUGAGGUGGCAGCAUGCUUGAAGAUUGUUUCUCCAACUAUGACUUUGUGGAUGGAGACCCAUUAAUGGAAUAUUUGAAGAGAUCUCUAUGCAAUGGUGUUCCAUAUGGCUGAGAGGUCAAUUCAUAGUCGGAAUGUUGACAACGCAAGCAACCGAUUCACACAAGUCCCACAUUUCUUGAAAUCGAACCAUAACAUCAUAGUUUGGUUGUACUUUAAUAAUGGCGGCAAAGGAUAGCAUACACUCGAGGUGUAAUAUACACCUUCGUUCACAUUUAGUUGUACUUUAAUAUAUUUUGACAAAUAAGAAUUGUUUGUUAUUAUUUAUUCAUUAAAUGAAUCGUACGAUUUGGAUUAGAUAAUUAGUGACCGGGGUUCACCCAUUAGUGAAUAUGGUAUAGUAUCAUGUCCCAAACUCCGUUAAUUCAUGGUCUAAAGAGCAAAAUUCAAUAGGAGUAUGAUAAGGUGGCGUAGGCUAGGUUAAACCAUGUACAACUUAUGAAGUUAAAAAUUGUUGGUCAAUCAAAGAUCAAAUGGUCAUGAAUACUAUUUUCCAAGUGGUGCUGAAGUUACAAUGUUAUUUGACAUAAUUGUUUAUCAUGAUUAAAACCUGGAUUAAAUGUACCGCCCCUCAUAUCAGGCGAAACACGAUUAAUAGAUAACAAUAAUAAAUAAAUAUGAAAAGUAGGAAUCUUAUACCAUUGGAAAAUGACAGAUAAUAAAAAGAGUACAAACAAAUAAUACUCGCCGCCCAUCGGGUUAGCACAAAACUAGUUGUUAUAAGAGAUUUUGGGUUAUAGCGCAGAUUCCACAGUUGUUUUGUAAGAAUGGCAUAAUCGAAGAUCAUGAGGUCAAAGAAAACCGGUACUUCCUUUGCAUACAUUGUUUUUCUCGUUGUUUUUAGUGAAUUCUUCUUCUCAAAAGCUUGCCAUCAAACAAUGGAUAUCAUCAAUGAUUACAUAUAUUAUUUAUAUUUUCUCUUCUUCAUUUUCCAUCCUUAUAUGUUACUCGCACGAAACUACACCACAAAUUGAUCCCGACUAGAGCCCAAGUUUUUAAACUCUAGUUGGGUGCAGUAUAGAGCAAGUAUUUAAAUUGUCAACCCGAGCCGAUCCAUGUACCCCUGCUUCAAUUGCUUAGGUUGUUAUCUAGCAAACAACUUUUGGAUUUAGAGCUAAUGAAACUACAAACUAAACAAGCAAAGAAAACUAAAUAAAGGAAAAUCCUUACUAAGGGAGCUUCACCGAGGAAUUGCUUCGCCCUAACUAGCUACCAUGACUUGUUGGAUUGAAUGAAGUCGUGAGGCGUAG